AUGUCGGAUCUGGAGAAUUUGCUGCGAAUGACGGCUGUACAGGCGGAGGGUAUGAGAGUACUGGGCGGAUAUGCUGGAGGAAUGUUCAUGGCUGCCAGCAAAGUUCUCGGAGAGGAAACAGUGCAAGGUGGCAGUGCCUCCCAAGAUGCCAGUGGUGGAAAGUAA